AUGACCCGGCAGGGUGAUCUACCGGAUUCAAAGGAGGAGGUGGAGGCAGAUGAUGGCGAACAGAAGUGGAAGGUCGGUGAUCGUGUGUAUGCUGUUUGGGCGGGCAACAGCUGCUACUACGUUUGCACGAUAGCAGAGGUGCGCGAACUGGACAGGAAGGUGGUCGUCACCUGGGACGAUGCGGACACGUCGCACCGCACAGUCAGCUUCGACCAGGUUAUGCGUCCUUCUGACGAAACCACUGCCUGGAGCAAAGCAAGGAUUGAGCGGCGGGCCACCGUCCGAGAAACGAAGCAAAAGGGACGGUGUCUUUUUACCAACGAGGCCUGCGAGCCGGGCCAGGUGGUCUUUGUGGAAAGACCGCUCCUUGUGGCUCUGCCAGCUGUUGCGCCCAAGCUUUGGGAAUGUCUUCAGAAGCUUCAUGGAGCUCAGCCGCUAAACCUUGGAACCAUCACGUUCCAUUUCGCUGCACUGGUUUCAGUGCUAACACUUGAUGCGGCUGACAUCGGCAUCAUCCGGGACAAAUAUGUGCCUGACACGGAUGAGGAACCCAAUGAGGAUGUGACUCGAAUCCUGCAAGCACUGCAGGCUGCUCCCACGGAAUUAGCGAAGGAGCAGAUGUCCAAGCUGGAUGGCAAGAGCUUUCAAAGGCUUGUGUCAGCUUGGCGUUACAACUCCUUUGGACAUCAUAAAGAGGAUGGCUUGGUGCUUUACAACCGAAUUUCCAUGUGUGCACAUUCUUGUGAUCCGACUUGUUGCUGGUCCUAUGGAGACGAAGAUGCAUUUGUACUUCGCAGCCGAAUGGCUUUGGACAAGGGCGACGAGCUCACGAUCUCCUACCUGCAGGACGAGGACCUCCUCAAAAGCACGGCUGUUAGACAGCAGAAGCUCCAGAAUUGGAAGUUUCUCUGCAUGUGCCCGCGCUGCUCCCUCAAGACCGACGUUGGCCGUGGCAUACGUUGUCAACGUUGCCGAGUUGGGGUCCUGUACCCGCAGGUGCAGGCGUCGAGCACGAUCUUCGAGCCCUGCAGGGUUUGUGGCAGCUCUCCUCCAGCAGAGGACAUCUCCAUGCUCCUGCACAUGGAAGAAGAGUAUGUUCAGAGAGUGGACUGCUUGGACAAGAAAGACCUGGAAGACGUGCAGCAAGUAUACCAGGCUGCUCUCGACAUCUUUGAGAACCAUUGGAUUCUUUAUGUGAUGGAUACCAUCCUUUGGGAAGGCCACCGCCAAAAAAAUGUCAUGGAUGCCAUGGAACAUCAGCGCCGCCGGAUUGACUUCCACCAGCACUACUACUUCAGGCCGACCUUCAUCCUGGCAUGGUGCCAUGAGGAGCUGGGUGAUUGCAUGAUGGCGCAGUUCCCGACACGAAAAUGGCACAUCACGCAGGAAUUUCAGCGUGCCUACCAGAUGCUUGCAGUCCUAUGUGGGUCUACACAUCAAUACACGGCGAGCCCCUACAACAAGCUGUGGCAGGUCACAAACGGAAAUUCUACCAACUCAGCUAAUACCAACGGCACUGCAGAUGCAGUGGCUGAGUCCGCAAAGCUAGCUUGA